AUAUACCUACUGAAAAGAGCUCAGUUUGUUGCAAGAUGGCCGCGCAAUUCAUGCGACGUUGAACGAUUGAUUUAUAAAUAUUUUAUAGAUCGUAAAAUGACCAAAUUGGCAAAAAAGUUUCGGAAAAUCACGGACACUAAAUUACCAGAGUCGGAUCAACCAACUUUGAAAGAGGCAUAUCAAUUAUGGAAGGAAACUCAAGUAGACCAAAAAACACCGAAUGGAACAAGUACAACAAAUGGAAAAACUACAAAAAGACCAAGGAAAGCCGAUCCACCAUCUAGCUCUGAAAGUGAUAUGUCAGACGAAGAGAAGAAAGUUCCAGCUAAAAAGGCUAAAAUUAUCCCCAAGAAAGAAGAUUCUUCUGAAUCCAGUGAGGAUACAUCCUCCGAUGAUUCUGAAUCAGACAGUGAUAAAAAAAAAGAAGUAAAAGCGACUGUAAAUAAUAAGAAAAAAGAAUCUAGCUCUGAAGAGGAUAGCUCAGAGGAAGAUUCAAGUAGCGAUGAAAAAAAUAAGAAACCUGCAUCUGGGAAUCUAGUAAAAACUAAAGUUUUAGAGUUGAAUGGAAAGAAAGAUCCAAAGAAGAGUAAAUUUGAGAAAACAAGUGAACAAGAAUCAUCUUCCAGCUCAUCUGAAGAUUCAUCAGAUGAGGAGGACACUUCAAAAAGCGUUGCAGUAGCUAAAAAGCAACCUGUGAAAAAGAAAGAAUCAUCAGAUUCCAGUGAAGACUCUGAUGAUGAAUCUUCUGAUUCUGAGGAUGAACCGAAAAAGAAACUUUUAGUAAAGAAAAAAACUUCUCCAGCAAAAGUGAACCAGAAAAAGGAAGAAUCUUCAUCUGAAGAAGACAGCGACAGUGAAGAAGAGGAGAAGGUUUCUAAAAACUCGAUGAGUGUGUCAAAGACAAUAAAAGCUAAAGAUUCAUCAAGUUCUGACUCAUCAUCUUCUGAAUCAGAAAAAGACGUUGAAACAAAAAACGCUAAAAAUGUUUCAGCUGUAGCUAAAAAGGAAGAUUCUUCAAGUUCUGAAGACACAUCUAGUGAUGAUGAAAAAGAAGAAACCAAGCCUGUUAUAAAGAAAACUGCACCUGCUAUUAACUCGAAAAAAGAAUCCUCAUCUAGCAGCUCAGAAGAGUCUCAGACGGAAAAACCAAAGGAAACAAAAUUGAAAGCAGUUGUCAAACCAGUUGCUAAUAAAAAAGAAUCGUCAAGUUCAGAUGAAUCCUCUAGUGAUGAGGAAGAAGAAAAAAAAAUAAGUGAGAAAACCAAUUUGAAAACUUCUAAAAAAGAAUCUUCAAGUGAGGAUGAGGAUUCAUCCAGUGAAGAUGAGGAUGUGAAAAAGGCAGAUGCUAAAGUAACAAAACCCACAAAUACUAAGAAAGAAUCCUCAUCAGAUAGUUCAGAAGAUUCUUCUGAAGAUGAUGACAAGAAAAAACCAAAGCAAACAAAUACUUCAGUAACAAAAACAAAAGAUUCGGAACCUCUGAUUCAAGCAGUGAUUCAGAUUCAGAAGAUGAGAAGCCUAAGGCAGCACCUGCUCAGGCUCAGAUCAAAAAGAAGGAAGAUUCUUCGUCAUCAGAAGAGGAUACUGAUAGUGAUGAUUCCAGUGAAGAGGAGGAUGCAAAAUCUGCAAAGAAACCAGGUAAAAAAUACGCCACAAGUUAUUAAGAAAGAAGAAUCUUCCUCCUCAGAUGAAGAUGAUACAUCUGAAGAUGAAAAAGUUACGAUAAAUAAAACUGAAACAAAAGAAUCAUCUUCAUCUGAUGAUGAUUCUUCUAGUGAUGAAGAUGAUAAAAAGAAAGCAAAUUUGGUUGCAAAACCUAGCGCUAAUACAAGCAUUUUAAAAAGAACGCCUGUUGCAAAAUCUACUCCUAUAGCAGCCUGGAACAAAGAGGAAGAAGUCAGCUUCGUCAAGCAGUAGCAGUAGUGAAGAUUCUUCUUCUGAUGAUUCUUCUAGUGACGAUCAAUCUUCUAAAGUAGUAUCUGUUACUCCAGCGAAAAAGAAAAAACUGGAAAUAAAGUCAAAGAAAACCACAAACAAUAAAAAAAAAGGGACCAUAAAAUCGAAAUAAAGUUUAGGUGACAUGUAUGCAUUGAACAAUAUCAGAUAUGAGUCAGGAUUGUUACAAAAAAAUUAUGAACGGUUCAUGUAUGUAUCCUAUACAUCACUCAAAGUGGAGGCUAUAUAUGGUGGUUCAUUAAGUUUUUUUGAACAGUUAAAAAAAUAAUGCUCAAUUUGAUGAAUUGAUCUAAUCUGUAAUAAUGUCUAAUUUUCACAAUUGUCAAUUACUCAUAACAUAUUGAUUAUAUGAAUUAUAAUCCCAUAAUAUGAAAUUCUUACAUUUUUGUCACAGUGUUCAUAAGUCUGCCUGGGGUUAUUUUUUGAACUUAGAAACCUUUUUCACUGGAGAAUAGUAUUUCUUGGUUAAACCUUUGUUUUAUUAACUUGAUCUUCCUGGGACUUGAGAGAGAGCAAAUGGCUUUUGUUUGGGACCAAAUAUAUCUUGGUGUUUGGUGGAUUUUGUCCUUAGUAUGGUUUUUAUUUUUACUAACUGUGUGUUUCAUCCGGGACCCAUUGCCAUAUUUGAUAUACAUGAACUUAUUAUUUCUUCGAAUUGGAGCUGAUGUUUAAAAUUUUUCAUACGGUCUGUAUCUGCCCCAUUUCCUCCUUUUCAUUUUUUAAAUCAUAUUGUGUGUCUGGUGCUGUAAUAUUUAACAGCUUUGUUUAUUUGAAAUGUGAGCUGACAGUUUGACAGUCUGAGUUUGAAGUUUUCUUAUUUGCUCAACUCAAAUAGUUUGGUGAUUCGUCACCUGAUUUAUCUUUUAUGACAUAAUUUAUUUACCCGGCUUCGUCGGAGUCCACAAUCUCUCGACCAGUACUAUAGAUUAAUGUUAGAAUUGAAUGAGCUGCUGUUUUCAAUGGAGGUUUUGCAAUCAUGGUCCAAUUUCGUUUGUUAAGAAUGGUUAGGAAUGACACAGUCAGCGUUUUGGUCUAAUUCUUGACUUAUUGAGUUCAUUAUAGAUUUUUUCUGUUUGAAUAGAGGCAAGUGUUUCAAAUUGUUGUCUUUAAUAAUGAGAAAUUUCCUGUAUAUUGUCGUUUAUAAUUGAGACUCAUGAAUAAAUCUGUCCAUUUUGCUGUAUUAUAAUUCGGUUUACGAACAAAGAAGGUAGUUGACUAAAAGUAGAUCAUGUAAUGCUUUUUCUGUAUCUUUAUUUCAGAACUACACAAUCAGAAUUGAUGUUUUGUUACUUGAUGGUAAAAUUUUUGAAAAAUCUUAAUUUGUUACAUUACAAAUACACAUGCUAUCUUAUCAUUGAGUUAACUUUCUCUAAUGUUAAUUAUUACAUCAGACUUCUACUGUUUACUAUUCUGCCUGAGGCAUGUAACUGAUAUGAUAUGCUUUCUCUGCAGUUCACUCUGAUCAUUCAAAUUUACUCGGCAGUUUUUGAAGCGUUAAAAUUCCUGAGUCCCUUUGAAGAUUGCCCAAAUUCAAGUGGCAGAAAAUCUUGAAGUCUUAAUUCAAGUAAUUACUAUAAUUACAAUAAAUUGUAAUAGUAGAUCGAAGAAUGUGAAAUAGUCAAUUAGAAAAAUCAUAUCUUUCUGUUCAGUAAAAUGCUUGUUGUGUAAAUGAAACAGAGUCUAUAUCCAUUUAUAAUUCUGGUCAGUAGUUAGAAAGUACUUGGAAUAUAUUUGAAGUGGAAAUGUUGUAUAAUAAAGUGUGGAUUAUUGAUGGUGUAUAGGCUAUAUUGUCGGACACUGCCUAUCAAUGUUUGGUAAUAUAUAUAAUAUAGACUAAGAGGGUGAGAAUUUUGUCAGUAUCAAUAUUUGCGUGCUUGAAUAUUCUGUGUUUUGAAUUUUUAUUAUAUGAACUAUACUGGCCAACAAUAAAUUAUGCUAUUCCACUGUCACUGCCGAAGUUUGCUUGAAUGGCUUUUCAUCAUGUUGUACCAAGUCUAGAAAAAUUACAAAAAAAUUUCCAAGCAUUUGCCUAAAAUCAGGUCACAUGAACCUUCUCAGAAAAGGCUGAAUAUCAUUACUUCUUAAGUUACAAGUUGUCAUUGACCAUGAAAAAUCAAAAUCCUAUUAAUUUGUUUCAAGAUGAUAUUUGGAAUGAAUUAAUAAAAGUGAUACAAAAUUGAUUCUGAAUUCUGAUGCAUUUGCGAAUCCCAACUAUAAUUAAUUUAUGAUUUUUUCAAUUCUAAUUUGAUUAAUAACAAAUAACUUCUUGAAUGAAAGAGCGAUGGAAUUUAAAGUCGUGUAAAUGGUUGCAAUAAUGCUUGAUACACAUAAUUUUUGUCUGAGUGAUUAUGUUAAUAAUAAUAAUAAUAUCUUAUAACUUCUGUGGGACAUUACAUUGAACUGGACUGAUUUUAGUUAUCUCUUAUCUGAAUCUGUACUUUGCAUUUUGCCUUUUUUUCAUUUUAG